CGCACCCUCGGGGCCCUCCCCGCGCCCGCACCCGCGCCCGCCGGGGCCAUGGCGAAGAAGAGCGCCGAGAACGGCAUCUACAGCGUGUCUGGCGACGAGAAGAAGGGUCCUUUGAUCGCGCCCGGGCCCGACGGCGCCCCGGCCAAGGGCGAUGGCCCCGUCAGCCUGGCCGUGCCGCCGCGCGAGACCUGGACGCGCCAGAUGGACUUCAUCAUGUCGUGCGUGGGCUUCGCCGUGGGCCUGGGCAACGUGUGGCGCUUUCCCUACCUGUGCUACAAGAACGGCGGAGGUGUGUUCCUAAUUCCCUACAUCCUGAUCGCCCUGGUGGGAGGAAUCCCCAUCUUCUUCCUGGAGAUCUCACUGGGCCAGUUCAUGAAGGCCGGCAGCAUCAAUGUCUGGAACAUCUGCCCCCUGUUCAAAGGCCUGGGCUAUGCUUCCAUGGUGAUCGUCUUCUACUGCAACACCUACUACAUCAUGGUGCUGGCCUGGGGUUUCUAUUACCUGGUCAAGUCCUUUACCACCACGCUGCCCUGGGCCACCUGCGGCCACAGCUGGAACACCCCUGAGUGCGUGGAGAUCUUCCGCCAUGAAGACUGUGCCAAUGCCACCCUGGCCAACCUCACAUGUGACCAGCUUGCUGACCGUCGGUCCCCAGUCAUCGAGUUCUGGGAGAAUAAAGUCUUGCGGCUCUCCGGGGGGCUGGAGGUGCCAGGGGCUCUCAACUGGGAGGUGACCCUGUGUCUGCUGGCCUGCUGGGUACUGGUCUACUUCUGUGUCUGGAAGGGGGUCAAGUCAACAGGAAAGAUUGUGUACUUCACUGCUACAUUCCCGUACGUGGUCCUCGUUGUGCUGCUGGUGCGUGGGGUUUUGCUACCAGGGGCCUUGGAUGGCAUCAUCUACUAUCUCAAGCCUGACUGGUCGAAGCUGGGGUCCCCUCAGGUGUGGAUUGAUGCUGGCACUCAGAUUUUCUUCUCCUAUGCCAUUGGCCUGGGGGCCCUCACAGCCCUAGGCAGCUACAACCGCUUCAACAACAAUUGCUACAAGGACGCCAUCAUCCUGGCGCUCAUCAACAGCGGGACCAGCUUCUUUGCUGGUUUUGUAGUCUUCUCCAUCCUGGGCUUCAUGGCAGCGGAGCAGGGCGUGCACAUCUCUAAGGUGGCCGAGUCAGGACCCGGCCUGGCCUUCAUUGCCUACCCCCGCGCUGUGACCCUCAUGCCCGUGGCUCCGCUCUGGGCUGCCCUGUUCUUCUUCAUGCUGUUGCUACUUGGGCUUGACAGCCAGUUUGUAGGUGUGGAGGGAUUCAUCACUGGCCUCCUGGACCUCCUCCCGGCCUCCUACUACUUCCGCUUCCAAAGGGAGAUCUCUGUGGCCCUUUGUUGUACCCUCUGCUUCGUGAUUGACCUUUCCAUGGUGACCGAUGGCGGGAUGUAUGUCUUCCAGCUGUUUGACUACUACUCAGCCAGCGGCACAACUCUGCUCUGGCAGGCCUUCUGGGAAUGUGUGGUGGUGGCCUGGGUCUAUGGUGCCGACCGUUUCAUGGACGACAUCGCGUGCAUGAUCGGGUAUCGGCCGUGCCCCUGGAUGAAGUGGUGUUGGUCUUUCUUCACCCCAGUGGUCUGCAUGGGCAUCUUCAUCUUCAACGUGGUGUACUACAAGCCGCUGGUGUACAACAAUACCUACGUGUACCCAUGGUGGGGAGAAGCCGUGGGCUGGGGCUUCGCACUCUCCUCCAUGCUCUGUGUGCCCCUGCACCUCUUGGGCUGUCUCCUCAGAGCCAAGGGAACCCUGGCUGAGCGCUGGCAAUACCUGACGCAGCCUGUGUGGGGCCCCCACCACCUGGAGUACAGAGCUCAGGACUCGGAUGUCAGGGGCCUGACCACCCUGACCCCAGUAUCCGAGAGCAGCAAGGUCGUGGUGGUGGAGAGCGUCAUGUGACAGC